CACUCAGACAGCCAUGGAGAGGAGAGCGGACUGUCCUCUUUGUUGUUGGUAAAGUCCUGCGCGUCCCAACCAUGACGCUGUCCGCAGCCACUGGUGUCGCUCCAGCUGCCCGAUGCGCACACAAGCGGCCGAAGGAUCUGAAGCGGAGAUUUUCCAGAGAAACAUAACUAGAAUACUGGAUCCAACAGUUGUGCACUGUGGGCACUCCAGGAUUCAUGGAUGCCGGGACUAUGAGCAUAAACGACCAAAGAGGCUGCAUCUCAGACUUGGGAGGCAGCUUUACUGAGAAUGCUCCCAGACCUCCGGUUCCCGGGGAGGAAGGAGAGCUGGUGUGCAGCGAUGGUCGCCAACACAGCAACUUCACCUUCUCCUCCAAGAACGAGGGCACCAAAAGUGAAGCUUCUGUGGCUACACCCAGACGGCCAGACUUGGAUCUGGGCUAUGAGCCAGAGGGCAGUGCUUCCCCGACGCCACCCUACUUAAAAUGGGCAGAGUCUCUUCAUUCCCUCCUGGAUGACCAGGAUGGCAUCCAUCUCUUCCGAAAAUUCCUCAAGAAUGAAGACUGUGCAGAUAUGCUGGACUUCUGGUUUGCAUGCAGUGGCUUCCGUAAGCUAGAAGCCAACGAGGGGAACGAGGAGAAGAAAGUAAAACUGGCGAAAGCUAUCUACAAAAAGUACAUCCAGGACAACAAUGGAAUCGUCUCCAGACAAAUCAAACCAGCUACUAAGUCUUUCAUCAGAGAUUGUUUGAUUAGGCUACACAUUGAUCCUGCAAUGUUUGACCAGGCUCAGACUGAGAUACAGCUCAGGAUGGAGGAAAACACUUAUCCUCUGUUCCUUAAAUCUGAUAUAUAUUUGGAAUACACACGGACAGGAGGAGAGAGCCCCAAGCUGUGCAGUGACCAGAGCCCUGUUUCUGGUAAUGAAAAGGGGGUGUCUGGAUUACUACCGAGUUUAAAUGAAUAUGACGAUAAAGAGCCAGAGGAGAGUGAGUGUGACGUGACACCAAGCAGCCAGCUCACCCACAAAAUGUCGUUGGAGGGGGUACCACAGCAAAUCGCAGGCAGUGCAAAAUCCCACGACAUCCAAGAGUACAGGCAAGGAGCAUGUCGAGAGCCCAUCAACCCAUACUACGUCAACCCAGGUCAUGUUCUGGCCCCAGCCACCAGUGCCAAUGACAGUGAGCAGCAGAGCAUGUCCAGUGACGCAGACACGCUUUCCCUUACAGACAACAGUGUAGAUGGCGAUCCAUCAUACCGAUACCGUAAACAGCAUCGCCGGGAGAUACACGAGAGUGCCAAAGCAAAUGGGCGAGUGCUACUACCUCAUUUUCCACGCAUAAACCGGAUUCCAAAGGAUAUACACGUGGAGCCAGAGAGGUUCGCUGCUGAGCUGAUCAGUAGGCUGGAAGCGGUCCGGAGGGAGAGGGAGGCUGAGGAAAAACUGGAGGAGAGGCUAAAAAGAGUCAGAUUGGAGGAAGAAGGCAAUGAUUUCUCUGCACCUUCAUCAUUACCCAGUCAAAGAUUCCCCCCUAGUGCUUAUUCACUGAAUUACAACCCUCGUUAUGCUGACAUCACAUACAGCAGUCAUUUUGUCCAAGAUACUCAUGAGGAAAACCCAGAGAGCAUCCUGGAUGACCAUGUCCAGCGGGUCAUGAAGACACCCAUCUGCGAAUCGCCAGGAACCGGGCGCCAAUCCCCAAAGUCUCGCUCUCCAGAUGGUUUCUCUGGGUUUAGAGGUGCAGUACAGCCAGGCCAGGGUAAACACGCUGCAAGACGUUGUUUGAAGGGAGAACCUGGCCAUUCCUCCCACCACAAAUAUCAGCAUCACAGUCAUGUAACCACCAUGGAGCCCGAGGGGGCCACACGUUCACAAGGCAACUUUGCCUGGAGCCUGGAGACUAGCAAUUAUAGCUCAAAAUCUCGAAGCUAUGCAGAUGGGAUGGUAUCCAACCCUGUGGAGCACAUAGGCUACAGCAACAAAAGUGGCCUCCAGUGUAAUAGAGUCUUCAAGAGAGGUGAAGAACCGAGAGCUUUUGAUGUGCCACGGUCUGCUGAGGAAGGGGAUAAAAAACAGAAGAUCCUGCUAUGGCUUAUGGAAGGACAAAAAGAAAUGGCUCACCAUAAAAGAAGUCCUUAUGGGAGUGUCAAUGGUUCCAAAAGGACUACAACCCAUGAGGGAUCUCGCCUCGGCUCCUCAGACCGAUCAGGGUUGAUGCAUCCAUGCCUGAGUGGCCAAGGCCGUAGCAAUGUGCAGCCGUUUCACCCGUUCAUCCAGGACCCUACCAUGCCCCCUAACCCUGCACCCAGCCCACUCAUCCAGCUGGAGGAGGUCUGUCGGAGGCUUCAGGAGGAAAAGAUUAAGUCUGGAGCACUGCAGCCAAAGCACAGGUAUGUGAUGGAGGUGAUACAAAGGGGUCGCGCAGCUGUCAGGCCUGUACCGGUCCCUCUGCUCACCGAGGUGCCCGCUGUUUCAGACAGCGAGCUCUCCGAGCCCGAACAUAAAGGCUCUAAAAAGCAGACGUGUGAGAAUAUUACCGUGGCUUAUUACUUCUGCGAGGAGCUGAUACCAUACAGGACAUCUGUCCCAGGGAGAGUUGUUACUUUGGGCCAGUUCAAAGACCUUCUUACAAAGAAAGGACAUUACAGGUAUUAUUUCAAGAAGGUGAGCGAUGAGUUCGACUGCGGCGUGGUAUUUGAAGAGAUACGGGAAGAUGACACCGUCUUGCCCAUCUUUGAGGAUAAGAUUAUCGGGAAAGUUGAAAAGGUUGACUGAAGUGCAAGCUUCAGAGGAAAGAAAACAAAGAUAGUGGAUGAAGAGCAGAGGAACAGCUUAAGGUAAAGAGGAAGUGAGUUUAAAAUGAGAUCAGAGGAAAGUGAACAGCAGGGAUAGAUCAGAAGAAGGAGCAGUUGAGGAAACAACCUCAAUCACACAUUUUUGGAGUUGGAUGUAGCAUUGUAAAGUUUUCUAGAUUGAUGAGGAAAAAAGUACCCUAAAGCUGCAUAUUUUUGCUAUAAAGAUAUAUUUGAGGAUUUUCUUCCUAAAGUAGCAGCAAUUCUCAUUUUUAAGUAUCCUGAUGCCAGAAAUGUACAGUUUGUGUUAAAGGAUAAUACAUUUUUAUUCUAUUUCUUUUAUUUCAAAUGCUAAUUUUCCAUUUUAUUCAUUUUCCUUGCUUAGGAUGAUAAAUCAUUUUGUGGAGCUGACUUUUGUUUUUAUGUUGAACUUAAAUGUUCUGAAUGUGAACUUCUAAGUGUUUUUAACAUGUUAUUUUGACAAGCUGUAUUUGUACCCGGAUGAUGUGGACACAUAAUUCCUGAUUUUAGACUUUCUAAAUCCUGCAAAAUAGUGUUUUCAAAUUUAUUUUGCACAGUUUAAAAUAUUGAAAUGCUAAAAGUAAUUUUUUUGUAAAUUAAGCCAUAUUUUUAAAGAAUGUCUUAACUCAAAACAGAUGUUUGUUCGCAAUUUGAAUACAGUAGGUUGUGCUAAAGUCAAAUAUUUCUGGUUCGGUGUGUAUUCCAUGUAACUAAAACCAUUUUUAAGUGGCUAAUGUUUUUGAGCCUUUUGCAUUGAAGAAUAAAAACAGAAAUUGAUGCAAUAAUUUCUAAAUUAAAAAGGAGACAGUUAAAUUCCAAUGAGUCUAUGCAAAUAUUUACAAAAAUAUUUGGUCACAUUUUUUCUGAACAUUAUUAGACAUUUUAUAUUAAACAGGACAACUAUACAUUAAAAUAUAUAAAUACAUAUAUAUUUUCAAAUCAAUAAAUAUUUUAAAGGGCAUCAUUUUCCAAGACAACCUGGCUGUAUGUGAAAGAAGUUGUUAUUGCGCCCCAAACCUAAUACCUGGUUCUGUGACUUCUGAUUGUGAUGUAUGCCUUUAAUAUUUUAAUUAAGAUAUUUUAUUUAUUUAUUUUUUUUUUUUUUCAAACCUCCCACAAUUCUUUAAAUUUAUAGUUGCUAUCUAAUUACAUUGUGAUUGUCAUUGGGAUGCUGCCUGUGAAAUUAAAAAGCAGCUUUUCCUCUGGUAUAAAAAAUGUUACACAUGAAAAGUUUUUUUUUUUUUUUUUUUUCUUUUUCUCUAAAAUUAGAAUUUGACUGGCAGCCCAGUAAUUGUCAUUAUUUAUAUUUUUCAAUGUGUAUCCAAGCAUGAGCUCCAGA